AGCUCCAGCCCCAGCCUGUGCCGCCCGGGCGCCCCGCAGCAGCUCCGCGCGGAGUGGCGCUCUCCUUCCGCAGGUUUCCUGGUUGGUAGUUGGAGCCCUCAAGCAACAUGCCUGAACAGAGCAACGAUUACCGGGUGGCUGUGUUUGGGGCAGGUGGUGUUGGCAAGAGCUCCCUCGUCUUGAGGUUUGUGAAAGGCACGUUCCGGGAGAGCUACAUCCCGACUGUGGAAGACACCUACCGGCAGGUGAUCAGCUGUGACAAGAGCAUAUGCACGCUGCAGAUCACCGACACAACGGGGAGCCACCAGUUCCCCGCCAUGCAACGGCUGUCCAUCUCCAAGGGGCACGCCUUCAUCCUGGUGUACUCCAUCACCAGCCGGCAGUCCCUGGAGGAGCUCAAACCCAUCUACCAACAGAUCUGCGAGAUCAAAGGGAAUGUGGAAAGCAUCCCCAUCAUGCUGGUGGGGAACAAGUGUGACGAGAGCCCCAGCCGCGAGGUGCAGGGCAGCGAGGCGGAGGCGCUGGCCCGCACGUGGAAGUGCGCCUUCAUGGAGACCUCGGCCAAGCUCAACCACAACGUGAAGGAGCUCUUCCAGGAGCUGCUCAACCUGGAGAAGCGCAGGACCGUGAGCCUACAGAUCGACGGGAAAAAGAGCAAGCAGCAGAAAAGGAGGGAGAAGCUCAAGGGCAAGUGUGUGGUCAUGUGAGUGCCCUUCCCACGGGAGCCCCCACCCCCGCGUGAAGCCCACUGUCGUCAGGGUAGCAUGUACGAUGCCCACGUGUUAAACAUUGCACUUGAUGCAACGUGCCCUCUUGUCCUCAGAUGGCAUCCCCACCACCAGCUGAGAGCCAGCCUUCUCCAGAGUCACAGAAUCUGCCAGGUGGUUAAAAUGAGAACCAUCACAUUCAGCAGCCCAGGAACUGAGAGAGGUGCCAACAAUUUCUGAAGGUGGCGUUGGCCAUUAGGAGAUGGAAGGACUCAUACCCAUGGAAGUGGCAUGUGCUGAGAGGACUAAAUAUCUCCUUGCAUGUGUUAACCCAGAGCUACUGGCACCAACCCCAAACCAGGCUUAUCUCCCUGCUCAGAAGCCAACAGCGUCUUUGGGGGAGGAGGCGAGAAGACCCCUUGGUCCAUUUCAUGGUUUGUUAACUGGAUAAAGAAUAAAAUAACACAGCCUCCUCCAAAGGAUGUUCAUUCUCCAUCCUCACCGGACCUGCUCGGAAUCACACCACCCUGCGCGGUGCCUCCCGUCCCGGAGCCCUAGUCAGUCAGUCCCCUUGUAACCUUCAGCGUAGUUAGUUUCACAGACAGUGACUUCAUGAACAGCGUGCUGCUCUGUCAGAAAUUUUUAAUUUUUGAGGAAGGAUAUCGUGACAUUAUUAAAACAUUGCAAUAACGUUUCUGUGUGUUAUACCUUGAGGUUUUUAGACGUGUGAAGUUUCCUUCUUUUGACCUUUGAGGGGUAUUACUUCUUCUAGCUCUCGGAUUUUAAAUAUAAGUGAAGAAAGUAGCUAUUUGUAGAUAUUUCCCCUCCAAGAUGGUUUUCUUCUCUUAAAUAACUUAAUCUGUACCCAGCUGGGAAACAGCCAACAAAGGCCAUGCUACAAGAAGCACAUCAUUUUUCUAACUGUCACAAACACGUAUA